AGACUGAAGAGAGAGAGCAAUUGAAACAGGUAAUAAAACAGAGGAAGAAUAAAACAUCCAUCCAUAAUCUCUCCACUCACAUCCCAUGCUCCUAGAUUUGUCCAUCGUUCGAUCGCCCUAAAUUCACAAGCUGCAAUCGACUAGAUAUGGCAUCAAUGGUUGCAAAGGCUUGUGGCAGUACUUCCAGUCAAAUGCCGGUUAUGACGGUGCAAGAAAAGGGAAGUAGGAAUAAGAGGAAAUUCCGGGCUGAUCCUCCGUUGGCUGAUCCAGAUAAGGUCAUCCCUUUACCUUCGAAUGAAUGUACCAGCUUCGAAUUCUCAGCUGAGAAGUAUGAGAGUCGGGGGCAUAUGAAUGGGUGUGAUAUGUGUUGUAUAAACCAAGAUAGUUCGGAUCAUGCUUUGAAACUCGACCUUGGACAGUCGUAUAGAUCUGAGAUAGGCCUGUGCCGGCCUAGAGAGGAUAUGGAGGCAUCCGUGGAUGAGUUCCGUGAUGCUGAUUGGAGCGACUUUACAGAAUCCGAGCUAGAAGAGCUUGUUUUGAGCAAUUUGGACACAAUUUUCAAGAGUGCUGUAAAGAAAAUAAUUGCUAGUGGUUAUAGUGAAGAAGUUGCAACUAGGGCUAUUUUGAGGUCUGGCCUUUGGUACGGGUGCAAGGACAUUGUAUCGAAUAUAGUGGAUAACACACUUGCAUUCCUUAAAAGUGGGCAGGAUAUUGACCCCUCUAAGGAGCACUAUUUUGAGGAUAUGCAGCAGAUGGAGAAGUAUAUAUUGGCCGAGCUCGUGUGCCUUCUGAGAGAGGUCAGACCUUGCUUUAGCACCGGGGACACAAUGUGGUGUCUAUUGAUAUGUGAUAUGAAUGUGUCGCACGCUUGUGCCAUGCUUGGUGAUACGAGUUCAAAUAUGAACCCCUGCGUUUCUGCUCAAUAUAAAUUGAGAUCAGACCUCAAAAGCUCCGUAUAUAGUAACAUAGUAGUUCCUUGUAAGCCCAGCGCCUCAGUGCCGUAUGCUCAUAACUGUCCAUCUGAAGCAGCUCACCUGGCUUCAGUUCACGGUGGACAUAGCUUCCAAUCAGAGGCACCUGAGAUAACUAGUCCGCCUAACUCGAAGCUAAAUAGCUCUUUUGUUUCAAGCAGGCUUGUUCCAGAUAAAGAUUAUCAAAAGUCGACGUCUAAUAUUAGUGAAAAAACUUUCUCUGCAACAAGAGUCUCUACUGCUGCUGAGGAGAAGUUUAUUGGCAAUAGGAAAGUUUCUGCGAUUACCAAAAGGGAAUAUAUAUUACGACAAAAGUCAAUGCGUUUUGAGAAACAGUACCGCACGUAUGGCUCUAAAGGUGCGUCUAGAGCUGGUAAGCUUAGCAGUUUUAAUGGUCUAGUCUUGGAUAAGAAACUUAAGGGUGUGGCGGAGUCUACAGGCAUAAAUGCCAAGAAUGGCGCAUUCAAGAUUAACCAGGGAGUCGGAUUUGAAGCCACUCCAGAGAAUGUGAGUAGUAAUCUUCCAACAACUACAGCUUUCACUUCAGCUCCAACAUUUGAGCUGGAAGGUAUUGAUCAAUCUUUGUUGCCUAAAUCGAGUAUCUCAUCUGCCUUACCUUUGGUGCCAGUCAACGUCUCCCCUUCUUUACCAGUUGCUGAUACGGAGCUUUCUCUGUCUUUCCCUGCCAAAACUAUUGCUAAUCCGAUGCCAAUCAGCUACAACAUUGAGGCUGCCAAUUGUAGUUAUCUUGGCUCGUCAAAUGACAAGUCUCUCGGCCAGUGGCUCCCCCAGGAUAGGAAAGAAGAGAUGAUUCUAAAGCUGGUCCCGAGAGUGAGGGAAUUGGAAAAUGAGCUCCAAGAAUGGACAGAGUGGGCGAAUCAGAGGGUCAUGCAAGCUGCACGAAGACUUGGUAAAGACAAAGCCGAGCUUAAAACCCUUAGGCAGGAGAAGGAGGAUGUGGAGAGGCUGAAGAAAGAAAAGCAAACAUUAGAGGAGAACACCAUGAAAAAACUUUUGGAGAUGCAGAAUGCUCUACGCAAAGCGAGCAGCCAAGUAGAUCGAGCUAAUGCAGCUGUUCGUCGUCUUGAAGCUGAGAAUUCUUCAUUAAGGCGGGAAAUGGAAGCUGCUAAGUUACAUGCUGCAGAGUCAGCUGCGAGCUGCCAAGAGGUGUCAAAGAGGGAGAAGAAGACCCUGAUGAAGUUUCAGUCGUGGGAGAAGCAGAAGAACGUUUAUCAAGAGGAGCUCUCGGCGGAGAAAUUGAGAUUGACACAAAUGCAGCAGAAACUAAAGCAGGCCACAGAUGUACAUGAUCAAGUUGAGGCCAAGUUGAAUCAGGAGGAAAAAGCAAAGUGUGAACUGCUUACGCAAGUCGAUUCAUUGAAAAAAGAAAGAGACCAAAUUGAAGUCUCCACACAAUCCAACGAGGAUAUGAUCAAGUCAAGAGCUGAAAACAAUCUACAGAAGUAUAAAGACGAUAUAGCAGCGCUCGAAAAAGAAAUUUCCCAGCUGAGGUUAAAGACCGACUUCUCCAAGAUAGCUGCCCUUAGAAGAGGUAUAGACGGGAGCUAUGCCAGUAAACUUACCGACAUCAGAGACACACCUCUCUUGAAAGACUCCGCCAUCUCUUACAUCUCUAAAAUGGUGUCAGCCACGGGCUUCAGCGGGGGUGUGAAGCGUGAGAGGGAGUGCGUGAUGUGCCUCUCCGAGGAGAUGUCCGUGGUAUUCCUCCCGUGUGCGCAUCAGGUGGUUUGUACAAUGUGCAACGAGCUCCAUGAGAAGCAGGGAAUGAAGGACUGCCCUUCCUGCCGGGGCCCAAUCCUGCAACGUGUCUCUGUACGUUACGCUCUCCCUUAAAGUUUUAAUAUCGUAAUAAGAUGAGUUUGCUCAUAAUACGCGUGUUAGACUGUGACAAUAAAUAUAGGAUGUGUGGAUACAACCCCAAACAUGAAAAAGAAAAGGAAAAAACACAAUCAAGAAGAGAAAAAUAAACAAAUAGCUUGUGUUUGAGUCUGGUUUGUAUAUGAUACUUGUUACCAUAUUUUUUCUCGUUUUUCGAAUAAUAGCGUGGCGCGAGUGUUAUGUAUACCGGGACAUGUACUUCGGUUGAAGAACAUAUUUAUAAAUUCAAGUAGGGAUAGUUUUGGCUUCAAA